AUGAAAUCUCAGACUUCCAGCUAUAAUAGGAAAGAACCUCCGCCUAUCAUACGAGUUCCUAAUAACGUUACUGUCACUCCUGGUGAUCGAGCCAUCCUGACGUGCUUAACUGUGAGCACAGUACGGUACAAUCUUACCUGGCAUAGAAACAACCGUGAUGUGAAACUCGUGGAGCCCUCCCGGAUACGAAUGAUGAGCAAUCUGUCUCUGGAGGUCAAAAUGGUGAAGCUCUCAGAUGCUGGCGAGUACAGCUGUGUGGCUUCUAAUGAGGGCGGCUCUUCUAUGGCAUCUGUAUUCCUUACAGUACAAGAUCCACCCAAAGCUAUUGUCUCCCCAAAAAACCAGUCAUUUACCAAAGGAUCUGAGGUAUCCAUCAGCUGCUCUGCAACAGGUUACCCAAAGCCAAUGAUCGUCUGGACUCACAAUGACAUGUUUAUCAUGGGCUCCCACAGGUACAGGCUCACUCCUGAAGGCACCUUGAUUAUCAGAAGUGCAGUCCCCAAAGAUGCAGGACUGUAUGGCUGUUUGGCUAGUAAUACCGCUGGAACAGUCCAGGAGACAUCGAUCCUCACAUAUAUUGAAAGCCCAAAGUUGACUGUUGUCAAAAAAGAACUUCUGAUUGCUCUUGGAGACACAACUGUGAUGGAAUGCAAAACCACCGGAGUUCCACCACCUCAGGUUAAAUGGUUUAAAGGAGAUUUAGAGUUAAGGGCAUCAGAAUAUCUUAUUAUUGAUGUCCAUCGGGGACAGUUGAAGAUCCAGGAAACACAGGAUCUGGAUGCUGGUGACUACACGUGUGUUGCAACUAAUGAUGCAGGGAGCGCAUCUGGCAAAAUCACUCUCGACGUUGGCUCACCUCCUGUUUUCACACAAGAGCCCAGUGAUGAAUCGAUGGACAUUGGCUCAAAUGUGACACUGGCUUGCUAUGUUCAUGGUUACCCAGAACCAAAGGUGAAGUGGCAACGCAUGGAUGGAGCCCCACUUUUCUCAAGACCCUUUGCUGUUAGUUCUAUCAGCCAACUCAGAACUGGCGCCCUUUCUAUUAACAAUUUGUGGGUUAACGAUGAAGCAAUCUAUAUCUGUGAAGCUGAAAACCAGUUUGGGAAGAUCGUCUCACGGCCGGCUACCCUUACAGUGACGGGACUUGUUACCCCUCUCAUUGGAAUGAGUCCAGCAGCAGCUAAUGUAAUAGAAGGUCACCAGCUCACUUUGCCAUGUGUGCUGCUGGCAGGAAACCCCAUCCCCGAGCGAAAAUGGAUUAAAAAUGGUGUGAUGUUGGCCCAGAAUCCAUAUAUUAGCGUACGCAGCGAUGGAAGCCUUCACCUCGAAAGGGUUCGACUGCAGGAUUCUGGUGAUUACAUGUGCAUGGCAAGCAAUGUUGCCGGGACAAACAACAAAACAACGACUGUCAGUGUCUUUGUUUUACCCAUCAUUCAACAUGGACAACAGAUAUUCAGUACAAUAGAAGACAUACCUGUGACUCUGCCCUGCAAAGCUAGUGGAGUUCCAAAGCCAACUAUAGUUUGGUCAAAGAGAGGAGAGAUGAUUCCUCCCAGCAAUCCUAAAUUUUCUGCAGGUUCUGAUGGGAGUCUGUAUGUAGUUUCUCCUGGAGGAGAAGAGUCUGGCGAAUAUAUCUGUACUGCAACUAACGCAGCUGGCUAUGCGACACGGAAAGUCCAGUUGACUGUCUAUGUGAGACCCAGGGUGUCUAGGCCUGGAGAUCAGCAAGGAGGUUCACUGGACAACCCGCUUGAGCUUUCGGUGAUAGCAGGGGAAGAUGUUACACUUCCGUGCGAAGUGAAGAGUCUGCCACCCCCUAUAGUAACCUGGGCUAAGGAAACACAGCUUAUCUCUCCUUUUUCUCCAAGACACACCUACCUCCCCUCAGGGUCAAUGAAGAUAAUCAAGACUCGGGUUACAGACAGAGGCAUGUAUACUUGUGUAGCCACAAACAUCGCUGGGAAUGCGACUCAGUCAGUGAAACUAAAUGUACAUGUUCCUCCAAAGAUACAACGUGGACCACAAGUGAUGAAAGCAAAAGUGGGUUACAGAAUUGAUCUACCAUGCAGUGCCGAAGGAGUCCCACCUCCAGCUAUCACUUGGCUUAAAGAUCGUAAUCCCCUUUUGAUAGACAGCGGGCGGUACGUUGUGUCCAUGGAUGGGAUGCUGAGCAUCAGCAAUGUCUUGCUUUCAGACUCUGGAACCUACAAAUGCAUGGCGAAUAACAUUGCCGGUCAGGACGAAGUUGAGAUAAUUGUCCAUGUUCAAGAACCUCCAAUAGUCAGUGACCUUGAUCCACCAUAUAACACUCCAUUUCAAGAACGAGUAGCAAAUCAACGUAUUGCCUUUCCAUGUCCAGCCAAAGGUACCCCCAAACCUGUUAUAAAAUGGCUUCAUAACAACAGGGAGCUGACAGGCAAUGAACCUGGCAUUUCAAUCCUGGAAGAUGGAAGGCUACUGGUCAUUGCUUCAGUCACACCAUAUGACAAUGGAGAGUAUGUGUGCGUCGCAGUCAACGAAGCUGGAAGCAUGGAAAGGAAUUAUAAUUUGAAAGUUCAUGUGCCUCCUGAAAUCAGGGAUCAGGACCAGGUGACAAAUGCAUCUGUGACAAUUAGCCAGCCACUAAGUCUGUUCUGUGAGGUGUCUGGCACACCUUUCCCCAUCAUCACUUGGUACAAAGACGAUGUCCAGGUUGUAGAGAGCAGCACUCUGCAGGUUUUGAACAAUGGGAAGCUGCUGAAACUUCUUAAAGCUGCGAGUGAUGAUACUGGCCAGUAUUCGUGCAAAGCCACCAACAUAGCUGGGAGCACAGAGAAAUUCUUCUUGGUUGAUGUGCGAGUCCCACCCACUAUACGGGAUGCUGAUGCACCCACUGAAGUUUCAGUCAUCCUCAACCAAGAUGUCACUCUAGAAUGUAAAGUUAGCGGUUCUCCCUUUCCCACGAUCCAGUGGUUCAAAGACAGCAAGCCCCUCUUCUUAGGUGAUCCUAACAUUGAGAUUAUGGAGAAAGGCCAGAUCCUGCGUAUCAAGAGUGCUCGAAGAAUUGACAAAGGGCGUUAUCAAUGCAGUGCAGCCAAUUCUGCCGGCAAGCAGAUUAAAGAAUUCAAACUCAUCAUCCAGGUCCCACCUGCUAUUAAAGGAGGAAAUAUUACCACUGAGGUCUCGACAUUGCUGAACAGUGCAAUAAAGCUGGAGUGUGAGACAAGGGGAAUCCCAGGUCCUACAAUAACAUGGUAUAAAGAUGGACGUCCAAUUAUUUCCAGCCCAGAAGCCCUUUACCUGGAAAGGGGACAAUUCCUUCAGAUCCCUCGCGCUCAGAUCUCCGAUUCUGCUAAGUACACAUGCCAAGCAACAAAUGUAGCUGGGACUGCUGAAAAGACAUUUCAAGUGGAUGUCUAUGUUCCUCCAGUCAUUGAAGGUGACUCUGAAACAGCCCACAGCAAACAAGUAGUUGCUGGCAGUUCGCUGGUUUUGGAGUGUAAUGCUGCUGGCAACCCUCCUCCUCUGCUUACCUGGUUAAAGGAGGGUGUUCCUGUGAAAAUAAGCGAUAAUCUCCACAUUGUGGCCGGGGGGAGGAAACUGGAGAUCUUGAAUGCCGGAAAGGCUGACCAUGGGCAGUAUGUAUGUGUGGCUACCAGCAUAGCAGGAGAAAAGGAGAUCAAAUAUGAUGUGGAAAUCCUCGUGCCACCAAGUAUGGAAGGAGGAAACGAAUCUUCAGACUAUAUUGUGAUUCUCCACAGCCCUUUGGAGUUGGACUGUCCAGCAACAGGAACGCCUUUGCCAACAAUCACAUGGUUGAAAAAUGGCCAGCCAAUCGAAGGUGGAGCUGGAUAUAAGAUCUUACUCAAUGGACGCAAGCUUCUCAUCUCACGAGCAGAAGUGUCAGACACUGGCCAUUAUCAAUGCAUAGCAACAAACAAGGCAGGGGAUCACGAAAAAGAGUUUGGUGUGACUGUGCAUGUCCCUCCAGCAAUCAAAUCGACUGGGCCUUCUGAGAGAUCUGUAGUCAUACACAAACCAGUAAAACUGCAGUGCAUCGCCAAUGGCAUUCCUACGCCUUAUAUUACCUGGUUAAAAGAUGGUAGGCCUGUGAACACAGCUCAAGAAAAUAUAAGACUGGAAUCUUCAGGCCGCAUUCUGCAGAUUGCCAGAGCCCUGGUGGAAGAUGCUGGCAGAUACACCUGUGUAGCAACAAACGCGGCAGGGGAAGCUCAGCAGCACAUCCGGCUGCAUAUAUAUGAGCCACCCAGUCUGAUGGACGCGGGGAAAAUGAUAAAUGAGACUGUGGUUAUGAACAAUCCAAUACAGAUGGAGUGCAAAACAUCUGGGAAUCCUCUGCCAGUUAUCACAUGGUACAAGGAUAACCGACCUCUAACCAGCACUGCUAGCAUCAGUUUCUUGAACAGAGGUCAAACUGUAGAGAUUGAGGGAGCCCAGAUCUCCGACACUGGCAUUUAUAAAUGCACUGUGGUGAAUGCGGCAGGAAUAGCUGAGCUGUUCUACAGUCUUCAGGUUCAUGUUCCACCCACUAUUUCUGGUGACAACGAAAUGGUGACUGUUGUGGUUAAUAAUCCAGUGAGACUGGAAUGUGAAGCUCGUGGAAUCCCUGUUCCCAUUCUGACAUGGUUGAAAGAUGGUAGCCCUGUUUCUAGUGUUUCAAAUGGACUCCAGAUUCUUUCUGGCGGCCGCAUUCUGGCACUGACAAGUGCUCAGAUCAGCGAUACAGGAAGGUACACAUGUGUUGCCGUAAAUGCCGCAGGGGAGAAACAGAGGGAUAUUGAUCUCAGAGUUCAUGUUCCCCCAAACAUUAUGGGAGAUGAACAGAAUGUCUCUGUGCUUGUGGGAGAAGUUCUAGAACUCCAUUGCCAGAGCAGCUCCAUUCCCCCACCUACACUGGACUGGUUGAAGGAUGGUCGGCCCUUGCUGAAGAAGCCAGGUCUCAGCAUUACUGCAGGUGGAAGUGUGUUAAAGAUUGAAGGAGCACAAGCCCAAGACACUGGACGCUACACUUGUGAAGCUACAAAUGUGGCUGGGAAAACUGAAAAGAACUACAAUGUCAACGUAUGGGUGCCACCAAGUAUAUACAGUUCAGAUAUACUCACUCAGCUAACUGUAAUUGAAGGAAACCUCAUCAGUAUGAUCUGUGAGUCCAGCGGAAUUCCACCACCAGCACUCAGCUGGAGAAAGAGUGGUUCUCCACUGUUGAUCGACCCUACAGGAAGAAUCAGGGUGUUAUCUGGAGGCAGGCAGCUGCAAAUUUCAAUUGCUGAAAAGUCAGAUGCUGCCUCCUACAUCUGUAUGGCUUCAAAUGUAGCUGGAGUAACAAAGAAGGAAUAUAACUUGCAAGUAUAUGUUCGUCCAACUAUACUGGACAGCGACAGCCAACAAUCAGAUGUAACUGUGACCCGCGGGAAUGAUAUUUCAUUAGAAUGCAAGACAGAUGGUACUCCACGGCCAGCUGUCACUUGGAUGAAGGAUGGACGGCCAUUAGUCAGUGGGAGGGAAAUUGAGAUACUGGACGAAGGACGGCGUCUUCUAAUUAAAAAUGCUCAGGUGUCAGACACUGGCCGCUAUGUGUGCAUUGCCGUGAAUGUGGCAGGACUAACCGACAGGAAAUAUGACUUGAGUGUUCAUGUCCCUCCAAAUAUUGUGGGUGACCUGACUGUACCUGAAAAUGUCAGCGUAGUAGAGAAAAAUCCCAUCACCUUGGUUUGUGAAACUUCAGGAAUCCCCCAUCCAUCAAUAACCUGGCUCAAGUACGGGCAGCCUGUCUCUCUGAGUCCUUCUGUGAGGAUCUUGUCAGGUGGCAGAAUGCUACGACUGAUGCAGGUGAAUGUAGAAGAUGCAGGACAGUAUACCUGUGUGGUGACUAAUGUUGCAGGAGAAGAGAGGAAAAACUUUGCUCUUUCAGUUUUAGUUCCCCCAGGAAUUGUGGGAGAGAAUAAACUGGAAGAUGUGAAAGUGAAGGAGAAGCAGAGCGUUAUGCUAACAUGUGAAGUGACAGGGAGUCCUGUACCAGAGAUUACAUGGUUAAAAGAUGGGCAACCUUUCUUAGAUGAUGAUGGCCAUCACUUAAUGUCCAAUGGGCGUUUUCUUCAAAUUAAAAGUGCACAAGUAGUGGACACCGGCAGAUAUACUUGUGUGGCAUCAAAUGCAGCUGGAGACAAGAGCAAGACCUUCAGUCUUAAUGUACUUGUAUCCCCUAGCAUCAUGGGUACAGACAAUAAUGGAGGCACAGAAGAGAUCACAGUUAUCUUGAAUAAUCCCACAUCCUUAGUUUGUGAGGCUUAUUCAUAUCCCCCAGCUACAAUCACUUGGUUGAAAGAUGGAACUCCCAUAGAAUCAAAUAGAAAUAUCAGGAUUUUGCCAGGUGGUCGAACUCUACAGAUUCUGAAUGCACAAGAGGAGAAUACUGGUAGAUAUACAUGCAUAGCUACAAAUGAAGCAGGGGAAACUUUAAAACACUAUGAAGUGAAAGUGUAUAUCCCACCAAUCAUCAAUAGAGGAGACUUAUCAGGACUGGGCCCGUCGCCUAAAGAAGUGAAGAUCAGAGUGAACAACAGUUUUACACUGGAAUGUGAAGCUCAUGCAAUUCCUGCAGCUGGCAUCAGAUGGUACAAGGAUGGACAGCCUAUUACAUCAGAUGACCACAUAACGAUCCAAGCCGGUGGGCGCAUCCUGCAAAUAAAGGCAGCACAGAUAUCGGACACUGGCCGUUACAGUUGUGUUGCCUCAAAUAUCGCUGGAGAAGAUGAGCUGGAAUUUGAUGUCAACAUCCAAGUACCUCCUAGUUUCCGAAGACUGUCCAGUGGCUGGGAAGACUGCAAUGCUCUGGGUGUAGGGCAAGGAGGAGAACCAAAAGAUGUGAUCCUGAACAAUCCUCUUUCUCUGUACUGUGAGACCAAUGCUGUCCCUCCCCCAGCACUCACAUGGUAUAAGGAUGGUUCUCCCCUGAGUUCCAGUGAUAAAGUAUUAAUAUUGCCAGGAGGUCGUGUUUUGCAGAUUCCACGGGCUCAGAGUGAAGAUGCUGGACGGUAUACAUGUGUGGCUGUAAAUGAAGCUGGAGAAGAUUCCAUGCAGUAUGAUGUCCGUGUACUUUUGCCACCAUCCAUUAAUGGAGCCAGUGGUGAUAUGCCUGAAGAGGUGACUGUGCUUGUGAGCAAGAUGGCAGUUCUGGAAUGUAUCACAAAUGGCAGCCCUACUCCAAGCAUAACCUGGCAGAAAGAUGGACAGCUCUUAGCUGAAGAUUCCCAACACAAGUUCUUAGCCAGUGGAAGAACACUUCAGAUCCUCAAUUCCCAGAUAACAGAUACAGGCAGGUAUGUCUGUGUUGUGGAGAACACAGCAGGAAGUGCCAAAAAAUAUUUUAACCUUAAUGUUCAUGUUCCUCCAAGUAUUGUUGGCAGUAAUUCUGAGAAUUUGACUGUGGUUGUGAAUAACUUUAUCUCGUUGACCUGUGAGGUCACUGGCUUUCCUCCUCCUGAUCUCAGUUGGCUGAAGAAUGGAAAACCUAUCAGCUUGAAUACAAAUGCUCUUAUUGUACCUGGUGGUCGAACAUUGCAGAUUCCUAGGGCCCGGCUGUCUGACGGUGGAGAAUAUGUUUGUGUAGCCAGAAACAGUGCUGGGGAAAGCAUGAAAAGGAGCUUCCUGACUGUUUAUGUUCCUCCCAGCAUUAAAGACCACAGUGGCUCAGCUCUUUCAGUGGUAAAUGUGAGGGUGGGGAUGCCAGUGAUGCUGGAGUGUGAGUCCAAUGCCGUUCCACCUCCCAUCAUUACCUGGUACAAGAACGGACGCACGAUCAUGGCAUCGUCCAAUGUGGGAAUCAACGCCGAUGGACAAAUGCUUCAUAUCAGGAGUGCGGAGGUAUCUGAUACAGGCCAGUAUGUUUGUAAAGCUACAAAUAUCGCAGGGCGGGAUGACAAAAACUUCCACCUUAAUGUUCAUGUUCCACCCAACAUUGAAGGCCCUCAUCAAGAGUGGAUCAAUGAAACUAUCAGUAACCCUGUAACCUUUAUUUGUGAUGCCACUGGAAUUCCUCCACCAAUGAUAACAUGGCUGAAGAAUGGAAAGCCAAUUGAAAACUCUGACUCUCUUGAGAUGCAUAUUUUGUCGGGAGGCAGCAAGCUUCAAAUUGCUAGGUCUCAGCAUUCAGAUAAUGGGAACUACUCCUGCAUUGCCUCAAAUGUAGAAGGCAAAGCUCGGAAAUUUUACAGUCUUUCUGUUCAAGUUCCUCCAGACAUUGCUGGGUCAGAGAUGCCAAGUGAAGUGAGUGUCAUCAUUGGGGAAAACAUCCAGCUUUUCUGUAAGGCCAAUGGAAUCCCCUCGCCUGUAAUUCAGUGGCUGAAAGAUGGAAAACCAGUCAGCAGUGAUGAAUCUAAGCGGAUAAGUGUGGCUCCAGAUGGCAGCUCAUUGAACAUUUUUGGGGCACUAACCAGUGAUGUGGGAAAAUAUACUUGCAUAGCUACCAAUCCUGCAGGGGAAGAAGACCGAAUUUUCAGUGUGAACGUAUAUGUUCCGCCAAUUAUCACUAAGAAUAUGGAUGAGCCAGAGUCUGUAACCGCCAUACUGGACACUUCAGUAAGCAUUCAAUGUCAAGCUGUGGGCACUCCUCCUCCACAGAUAAACUGGCUAAAGAAUGGGCUUCCUCUUUCUAUCUCCUCUCACAUCCGACUUCUCUCAGGUGGACAGAUUCUCAGAAUUCUAAGAGCACAAAUAGCUGAUGUUGGCAUGUAUACAUGUGUAGCAUCCAACAGAGCUGGUGUGGACAAUAAGCAUCAUAGCCUUCAGGUGUAUGUACCGCCAAGCAUAGACAAUAGUGGAGGAAUGGAAGAAGUCACUACCAUAAAAGGAAAUCCAGCCUCCUUGUUGUGCUUGGCCAAUGGAACACCAGCCCCCAAAAUAUUGUGGCAUAAAGAUGACCAACCCGUAAACCUUGACUUCCAUGUGACUUUAGAAAACCAAGGAAUGUCUCUUCAUAUUGCAAAGUCAGAGACUGACGACACAGGCAGAUACACCUGUGUAGCAUCCAAUGAAGCUGGGGAAGUCAGCAAGCAUUUUACUCUCAAAGUGUUGGAACCUCCUCACAUUAAUGGAUCAGAACAUCCAGAAGAAAUUUCUAUAGUGGUUAACAAUCCAUUGGAGCUCCUCUGUAUGUCAACUGGCAUCCCAGUCCCUAAAAUCACAUGGAUGAAGGAUGGGCGCCCACUGCCCCAAACAGAUGAGAUUCAUGUCCUGAGAGGAGGAGAGGUUCUUCGGAUAUCUAAUGCCCAGGUGGAAGAUACUGGCAGAUACACCUGUUUGGCUUCUAGUCCUGCAGGAGAUGAUGACAAGGAAUAUUUGCUGAGAGUUCAUGUUCCCCCUAACAUUGCCGGCACGAGUGGGCCCCAGCAUCUCAGUGUGCUGCGGAACAGGCAGAUUAUACUGGAGUGCAAGUCGGAUGCGGUGCCACCUCCUACAAUCGUGUGGCUCAAAGAUGGGGAGCUUUUGCAGGCAACUCCUCGAGUUCGCAUCCUCUCCAGUGGGAGAUACCUGCAGAUCAAUAAUGCUGACCAAAGUGAUGUGGCAAACUACACCUGCGUUGCCAGUAAUGUUGCAGGACAAACUGCAAGAGAGUUUGUAUUGGCUGUGAAUGUUGCUCCUACGAUCCAAGGUGGUCCUCAGUCUUCUGUGACUGUGAAUAUUAAUACAUCCGCUGCCUUGGAGUGUGUUGCGGAAGGUAUUCCAGCUCCAAGAGUCACAUGGAGAAAAGAUGGAACCGUUUUUGCAGGAAACAGUGCCAGAUAUUCAAUAUCAGACGAUGGAUCUCUUCACAUACAUUCAGCACAUGUUAUGGACACAGGACGCUACCUUUGUAUGGCAACCAAUGUUGCUGGUAUGGAGCGCAAGUGGAUUGAUCUACAGGUCCAUGUUCCUCCAUCUAUUGCUCUUGGGCCUAGCAACAUCACAGUAACUGUGAAUGUCCAAACCACUCUCCCAUGUGAGACUACAGGAAUUCCUAAGCCAGCAAUCACUUGGAAGAAGAAUGGGCACUUCCUUAAUGUGGAUCAGAAUCAAAACACAUUCAGGCUUUUGUCUUCAGGGUCACUAGUAAUAAUUUCUCCCACUAUUGAUGACACAGCACUCUAUGAAUGCAUUGUAUCAAAUGAUGCUGGAGAGGAUCAAAGACUGAUUACUCUCAUUGUACAAGUUCCACCAUCCUUGGCAGAUGAAGUUACAGAUCUGCUGGUAACAAAACUGUCUCCAGUAGUCAUUCCCUGCACUGCAUCAGGUGUUCCUUUGCCCACAAUCCACUGGACCAAAAAUGGGAUACGACUUCCUCCUCGAGGAAAUGGCUACAGAAUCCUCUCUUCAGGUGCUGUUGAAAUAGCUGCUGCUCAGCUGGACAAUGCAGGAAGGUACACCUGUACAGCACGGAAUGCUGCAGGCUCUGCACAUAGACAUGUUAUUCUUCAUGUUCAGGAACCACCAGCUAUCCAAGUACCAUCUGGAACACUUGAAGUUAUUCUAAAUAAUCCAGUUCUCUUACCAUGUGAAGCAGUAGGUGUACCUCGUCCUGUCAUAACAUGGCAGAAAGAAGGCAUCAAUGUUGUCACAACAGGUAACAGGUAUACCAUUCUGCCCAGUGGAAGUCUGCAGAUCACAAGAGCUACAGUUGAAGAUGCUGGAACAUAUAUGUGUGUUGCUCAGAAUCCAGCAGGCACUGCCCUUGGGAAGAUCAAAUUAAAAAUUCAAGUUCCUCCAGCUAUCAGACCUCACCCAAAGGAAUAUGUCGUUGUUGUGGAUAAGCCAGCCACUCUAUUGUGUGAAGCAGAGGGCUAUCCAGCUCCUGAGAUUGCAUGGCACAAAGAUGGGCAGCAGAUCGUAGAGUCCCUGAGACAGCGAAUUCUCAGCACAGGAGCUUUGCAGAUUGCAUUUGCUCAGACUACUGAUGCUGGACGUUACACAUGCACAGCUACAAAUGUGGCUGGAUCGGGCAGCUCUAGUGUGGAACUCACCAUUCAUGUCCCACCAAAGAUACAGAAUACAGAGGACCAGUACUCAGUGGCUGAAAAUUCACAAGUUGUUUUACCAUGCCCUGCUGAUGGAAUCCCAACACCAUCUAUAAACUGGAAAAGAGAUGGAUUUCUUUUAAAGAACACAGUGGGAAAACACACAGCUGUGCAAUAUGGAAAUCUCAUUGUGGACAAUGCCGUGCCUGAAGAUUCUGGUAAUUACACCUGUGUUGCUACCAAUGUUGCUGGCGAAGACAGCCACACUGUCCGUUUGACAGUCCACGUGCUCCCAUCCUUUAUUGAACUACCUGGAGACAUAGCUUUAAACACAGGAGAACGGCUUCACUUAACUUGUAAAGCAACUGGAAUUCCUCUACCUAAAAUAACAUGGACCUUUAACAAUAAUAUUAUCCCAGCACAAUACGAUGAUGUAAAUGGACUCAGUGAACUUGUUAUCAAAAGAGUGUCUAAAGAAGACUCUGGUACCUAUGUGUGUACAGCAGAAAACACUGUUGGUUCUGCCAAGGCUCUAGGCUUUGUGUAUGUUAAAGAGCCUCCUGUCUUCAUGGGAGAUUAUCAUUCCAGUCGGAUUGAGCCUCUGGGCGGCAACGCUGUUCUCAACUGUGAAGUUAGAGGAGACCCACUUCCAACAAUUCAGUGGAGCAAAAAAGGAGUUGCUAUUCAGAUAAACAAUCGAAUCCGACAACUCGCUAAUGGAUCUCUUGCCAUCUAUGGCACAGUAAAUGAAGAUGCUGGAGAAUAUACAUGUAUAGCUUCAAAUGAUGCUGGUGUGGUAGAACACAGUGUGACCCUAACACUGCAGAGUGCGCCUGUUAUUACAAUUGAACCUGUAGAGACCAUUGUUGAUGCUGGAACCACAGUAGUCCUGAACUGCCAAGCGGCCGGAGAACCUUCUCCAACCAUUGAAUGGUCUCGCCAAGGCUGGCCUCUCCUCAGUCAGGACCGAAUUAUCACUUUGACUAAUGGCUCCUUGCGUAUUGCAGUUGUGCAGAAAGAGGACACUUCUGAAUAUGAAUGCGUGGCUAGAAAUCUCAUGGGCUCCGUCCUUGUCAAAGUGCCUGUCAUUGUUCAAGUGCAUGGUGGCUAUUCUGAAUGGCUGGAAUGGCAGCCAUGUAGUGUAACGUGUGGCCAAGGUAUUCAGAGGAGGAUCCGUCUCUGUAACAAUCCUCUCCCUGCAAAUGGUGGACGACACUGUAUGGCGACUGAUUCUGAGAUACGCAAUUGUCAGAACAAACCCUGUCCAGUGGAUGGCAACUGGUCAGGGUGGGGUUCCUGGGAAGAGUGUUCUAAAACCUGUGGCCAAGGUAACAAGACAAGAACCAGAACUUGUAGCAACCCUCCAGCCCAACAUGGUGGAAGGUCAUGUGAUGGCAAUGCUGUGGAGUCAAUCAUGUGUAACAUUAGGCCUUGUCCAGUUAACGGCGCUUGGGGCUCUUGGCUUCCUUGGGGACCUUGCAGUGAGACAUGUGGCAAAGGUACUCAUACCAGACUAAGAUUAUGCAAUAACCCACCUCCAUCACUUGAUGGCUCUUCCUGUGAUGGACCUGAUUCACAGAUGCAGGUUUGCAGUGAGCAAGACUGUCCUGUGAAUGGAAAAUGGGCUCCAUGGUCCAGCUGGACUGCCUGUACAGUAUCCUGUGGAAGUGGCACUCGACAGAGAACAAGAGACUGCUCCGAUCCACUUCCACAGUAUGGCGGACACAAAUGUGAAGGAAAUGACAUACAGAUAGACUUUUGUAACAGUGACUUGUGCCCUGUUCACGGUAACUGGGGUCCCUGGAGCAAUUGGGGAACUUGCAGCCGAACAUGUAAUGGUGGUCAGAUGAGGAGAUACCGGACUUGUGACAAUCCUCGUCCAUUCAAUGGAGGGAGAGCCUGCAUGGGUGCUGAUACACAGAUACAGAGAUGUAAUAUAGAGCUAUGUCCUGUGGAUGGUAACUGGGGUCCAUGGCAACCUUGGAGCACAUGUUCUGCAUCUUGUGGAAGGGGCAAGCAGACACGUUCACGUCUGUGCAACAACCCAUCCCCAUCUGACAGUGGACGUCCUUGCCCUGGAGACAGCUCACAGAUAUCCAGGUGUAACAUCCUAACUUGUCCAGGUGGGCCUCCACGCGCUAGAGGAAGUGUCAUUGGCAAUAUUAACGAUGUUGAGUUUGGAAUAGCUUUCCUGAACGCCACCAUAAUAGAUCAUCCAGAUCUGGACACACAAAGAAUACAAGCCAAGAUUACAAAUAUUCCUCGAAGCCUUGGUCCAGUGAUGAAAGCACUAGUUUCUAUUGUAAGUCCUAUUUAUUGGACCACUGCCAAGGAAAUUGGAGAGGCCUUGAAUGGGUUUUCACUUACCAAUGCUGUUUUCAAGAGAGAGACACAAGUGGAAUUUGCAACAGGGGAAAUUUUACGAAUGACUCACAUUGCUCGCGGCUUGGACCCAGACGGUUCUUUGCUCUUAGACGUUGUUGUCAGUGGCUAUGUACUACAGCUACAGUCUUCAGCUGAAGUUAAUGUAAAGGAUUAUACAGAAGAUUACAUUCAAACAGGCCCGGGUCAGCUCUAUGCUUACUCCACACGACUGUUCACCAUAGACGGAGUUAGUGUCCCUUAUACAUGGAACCAUACCAUUACAUAUGAUCAGGAUCGUGGAAGAAUGCCCUUCUUGGUGGAAACACUCCAAGUUUCCUUCAUUGAAACAGAAUAUAAUCUACUUGAAGAAACUCUAACUUUUAAAAUCCGAGCUUCAAUUACAAAAGGAGACCAUAGUAACCAAUGUCCUAAUGGGUUUGGUUUGGACUCUACUGGGCCCUAUUGCUCAGAUGAAGAUGAAUGUACAUCCCAAAAUCCAUGUUCCCACACAUGCCACAAUGCAAUAGGAACCUAUUAUUGCUCAUGUCCAAAAGGCCUUACCAUAUCUGCAGAUGGAAGAGCAUGCCAAGACAUUGAUGAAUGUGCCUUAGGGAGGCUUUCCUGCCAGGCUGGCCAAGACUGUGAGAAUGUCAUUGCCUCCUAUCGCUGUGUGGUUAGAUGUGGAAUUGGCUUCAGAAGAACAUCAGAUGGUCUGAGUUGCCAAGAUGUUAAUGAAUGCCAAGAUUCCAGUCCCUGUCAUCAGCGCUGCUUCAACACCAUUGGAAGUUUCCACUGUGGAUGUGAUCCAGGAUAUCAGUUAAAAGGCAGAAAAUGCAUGGAUGUGAAUGAAUGCAGACAAAAUGUAUGCAGACCUGACCAGCUAUGCAAGAAUACCAGAGGUGGCUAUAAAUGCAUUGAUCUGUGUCCAAAUGGAAUGACCAAAUCAGAAAAUGGAACAUGUAUAGAUAUUGAUGAAUGCAGAGAUGGUACUCAUCAGUGCCGAUACAACCAGAUUUGUGAAAACUCACGAGGAAGCUACCAGUGUGUGUGCCCGAGAGGGUACCGAUCCCAGGGAGUUGGAAGACCUUGUAUGGACAUUAAUGAAUGUGAACAAGUGCCUAAACCUUGUGCGUAUCAAUGCGCCAACAGCCCUGGCAGCUUCAAGUGUAUCUGUCCCCCUGGACAACAUUUAUUAGGCGAUGGCAAAUCUUGCGCCGGAUUGGAGAGGUUGCCAAAUUAUGGCACCUAUUAUAAUAAUUAUAACUAUGCACAGUUCUCCCCUGUGAGAGACAACUAUCGACCUCAGCAGUAUUUCAGACAAUCCUCCAAUAUCUACAGCUCCUACUCAGAGUAUAGGAACAGCAGAAUUCCCAUCUCCAGGACUAAAAGGAAUGUUAGAGAGACUUGCCCUGAAGGCUAUGAGGCAAGAAAUAACACAUGUGUAGAUAUCGAUGAAUGUGAGAACAGAGAUGUGUGUCAGCAUGAGUGCAGGAAUACUCUAGGGAGUUACCAGUGUUUUUGCCCAGUUGGUUACCAGGUAACAGCCAAUGGCAAAACGUGCCAAGAUAUAGAUGAGUGCCUUGAACAGAACAUCCACUGUGGCCCAAAUGGAAUGUGCUUCAACAUGAGAGGAAGCUAUCAGUGUAUAGAUACUCCUUGUCCUCCAAAUUAUCAGCGAGAUCCUCUUUCUGGGUUCUGCCUCAAGAACUGUCCACUUAAUGAUCUGGAAUGUGCCUUGAGCCCGUAUGCCUUGGAAUACAAACUUCUUUCACUCCCAUUUGGGAUUGCUGCCAAUCAGGAUUUAAUCCGCCUAGUUGCCUACACUGAAGAUGGAGUGAUGCAUCCAAGGACAACUUUCCUCAUGGUCCGUGAGGAUUUGACAAUCCCUUUUGCACUCAGAGAUGAGAACUUGAAGGGUGUGGUCUAUACAACCAGGCCUCUGCGAGAGCCAGAGACGUAUCGAAUGAAAGUCAGGGCUCUCUCUUACAGCGCUGAUGGAGCCAUUGAAUAUCAGACAACCUUCAUAGUCUAUAUCGCCGUGUCUGCCUAUCCAUACUAGGAAAGCACUGCCGACAAUAAGCAAAGUAUGAUAACCACAUGCAUAGAUGCCACUGGGUGUCACCACUUCCAGAAUGACUCUGCUGCCUCAUCGCAACUUGAAAACAAUCGGUGCUACUUCCUCUUCCUUCCCAGAGCUGCCGGAGUGUUUCCCCCAUCAUUCCAUCUUGACAAGAAUGACUAUAAUCCACAGAACCUGAACAAUUUGCUUUAUUUAUU